GGAGAACUUUGGCGCUCCGAGCAGAACCACCCUUUGCUGGCCAGUCGCGUUGCUCCUCCGAGGAAGCAAGCUGCGGUGGCGACUGGGCAGAAAAAGAACGAAAGAAAGGAAGAGAGGAAGUAGCGAGGGAAGAAAGAAAAUGAAGCCAGCGCUGGGGGAGCCUGCAAGAGUGUGGCCGACAGUGGAGAGAGGCGGAUUUGGCUUCUUUUCCGCACCCCGGGCGUGAACGCCCUCUCCAACGCGACCCCAGGAAAUAAGUGGGUGACUCUCAGGCGGAAAAGGAAAAGAAUCCAAGUGAGAGCGUUGCACCUCUGUCACCCUUGCUCCCUUGGAACUCCGGCUGCUUCUCAGCCCAGUCGCCUCUCGCGCCGGACGCAGUGCCCGAGGCGCCCUGCAGAUGGGGCGGGCAGGGAACAGGCGCCCCAGCCGCGGGUGACAGGCGUCCGCCCGCCGCCUGCCCCGCUCCGCGCAGUGACCGGGCGGGCAGAGGAUGCCAGGCGGAGGGACCCUGGAGCGGGAUCUGAGACUGCCAAGGGUGCGCUAGGCUUCAACUUGGAUGGCCCGGAGACCGCUCCAGCUCCUGGGACCGCUUCGCCGAGUCCAGUGAAGCCGCGCGCGGGACCUGGAGGCGGAGACCUUAGGCGGCAGCUGCAGAGGGGCGAGCCGGGCGCAGAAGGGGGCGCGCUUUCUCCCUGCGGGUCUCAGUAAUGAGGAGACUGAGUUUGUGGUGGCUGCUGAGCAGGGUCUGUCUGCUGCUGCCACCGCCCUGCGCGCUGGUGCUAGCCGGGGUGCCCGGCUCCUCCUCGCACCCGCAGCCCUGCCAGAUCCUCAAGCGCAUCGGGCACGCGGUGAGAGUGGGCGCGGUACACUUGCAGCCCUGGACCACUGCCCCCCGCCCGGCCAGCCGCGCUCCGGACGGCAGCCGGGCAGGCACCCAGAGGGAUGAGCCGGAGCCAGGGACUUGGCGGCCCCCAGCACCCUCUCCGGGCGCACGCUGGUUGGGGAGCACCCUACAUGGCCGGGGGCCGCCUGGCGCCCGGAAGCCUGGAGAGGGAACUAGGACAGAGACCUUGUGGCCGCGGGACGCCCUCCUAUUCGCAGUGGACAACCUGAACCGCGUGGAAGGGCUGCUGCCCUACAACCUGUCUUUGGAAGUAGUGAUGGCCAUCGAGGCAGGCCUGGGCGAUCUGCCGCUCUUGCCCUUCUCCUCCCCUAGCUCGCCGUGGAGCAGUGACCCUUUCUCCUUUCUGCAAAGUGUGUGCCACACCGUGGUGGUGCAAGGGGUAUCGGCGCUGCUUGCCUUCCCCCAGGGCCUGGGCGAGAUGAUGGAGCUCGACUUAGUCAGCUCAGUCCUGCACAUUCCAGUGAUCAGCAUCGUGCGCCACGAGUUUCCGCGGGAGAGUCAGAAUCCCCUUCACCUACAACUGAGUUUAGAAAAUUCAUUAAGUUCUGAUGCUGAUGUCACUGUCUCAAUCCUGACCAUGAACAACUGGUACAAUUUUAGCUUGUUGCUGUGCCAGGAAGACUGGAACAUCACCGACUUCCUCCUUCUUACCCAGAACAAUGCCAAGUUCCACCUCGGGUCUAUCAUCAACAUCACUGCUAACCUCUCCUCCACCGAGGACCUCUUGAGCUUCCUGCAGGUCCAGCUUGAGAGUUUGAAAAACAGCACACCCACAAUGGUGAUGUUCGGCUGCAACAUGGAAAGUAUCCGGCGGAUUUUCGAAAUUACUACUCAGUUUGGGGUAACACCCCUUGAACUUCGUUGGGUGCUGGGAGAUUCCCAGAAUGUGGAGGAACUAAGGACAGAAGGUCUGCCCUUAGGGCUCAUUGCUCAUGGAAAAACAACGCAGUCUGUCUUUGAAUACUACGUACAAGAUGCUAUGGAGCUGGUCGCAAGAGCUGUCGCCACAGCCACCAUGAUCCAGCCAGAACUUGCUCUCAUUCCCAGCACGAUGAAUUGCAUGGAGGUAGAAACUACAAAUCUCACUUCAGGACAAUAUUUGUCAAGGUUUCUAGCCAACACCACUUUCAGAGGCCUCAGUGGUUCCAUCAAAGUAAAAGGUUCCACCAUCAUCAGCUCAGAAAACAACUUUUUCAUCUGGAAUCUGCAACAUGACCCCAUGGGAAAGCCCAUGUGGACCCGCUUGGGCAGCUGGCAGGGGGGCAAGAUUGUCAUGGACUAUGGAGUAUGGCCAGAGCCAGCCCAGAGACACAAAACCCACUUCCAACACCCGAGUAAGCUACACUUGAGAGUGGUUACCUUGAUUGAGCAUCCGUUUGUCUUCACAAGGGAGGUAGACGAUGAAGGCUUGUGCCCCGCUGGCCAGCUCUGUCUAGACCCCAUGACUAAUGACUCUUCUAUAUUGGACAGCCUUUUUAGCAGUCUCCACAGUGGUAAUGAUACAGUGCCCAUUAAAUUCAAGAAGUGCUGCUAUGGAUAUUGCAUCGAUCUGCUGGAAAAGCUAGCAGAAGACAUGAACUUUGACUUUGAUCUCUAUAUUGUUGGGGAUGGAAAGUAUGGAGCCUGGAAAAAUGGGCACUGGACUGGGCUGGUGGGUGAUCUCCUGAGUGGGACUGCCCACAUGGCAGUCACUUCCUUCAGCAUCAAUACUGCACGGAGCCAGGUGAUAGAUUUCACCAGCCCUUUUUUCUCCACCAGCUUGGGCAUCUUAGUGAGGACCCGAGACACAGCAGCUCCCAUUGGAGCCUUCAUGUGGCCACUCCACUGGACAAUGUGGCUGGGGAUUUUCGUGGCUCUGCACAUCACUGCCAUGUUUCUCACUCUGUAUGAAUGGAAGAGCCCCUUUGGAAUGACUCCCAAGGGGCGGAAUAGAAGUAAAGUCUUCUCCUUUUCUUCAGCCUUGAAUGUCUGUUAUGCCCUCUUGUUUGGUAGAACGGUAGCCAUCAAACCCCCGAAAUGCUGGACUGGAAGGUUUCUAAUGAACCUUUGGGCCAUUUUCUGUAUGUUUUGCCUUUCUACAUACACUGCAAACUUGGCUGCCGUCAUGGUAGGUGAGAAGAUCUAUGAAGAGCUUUCUGGAAUACAUGACCCUAAGCUGCACCAUCCCUCACAAGGCUUCCGCUUUGGAACUGUCCGAGAAAGCAGUGCUGAAGAUUAUGUGAGACAAAGCUUCCCGGAGAUGCAUGAGUAUAUGAGAAGGUACAAUGUUCCAGCCACCCCCGAUGGAGUGGAGUAUCUGAAGAAUGAUCCAGAGAAACUAGACGCCUUCAUCAUGGACAAAGCCCUUUUGGAUUAUGAAGUGUCAAUAGAUGCUGACUGCAAACUUCUAACUGUGGGGAAGCCAUUUGCCAUAGAAGGAUACGGCAUUGGUCUCCCACCCAACUCUCCACUGACCUCCAACAUAUCCGAGCUAAUCAGUCAAUACAAGUCACACGGGUUUAUGGAUGUGCUGCAUGACAAGUGGUACAAGGUGGUUCCCUGUGGCAAGAGAAGUUUCGCUGUCACUGAGACUUUGCAAAUGGGCAUCAAACACUUCUCUGGACUCUUCGUGCUGCUGUGCAUCGGAUUUGGGCUAUCCAUCUUGACAACCAUUGGUGAGCACAUAGUGUACAGGCUGCUGCUACCACGAAUCAAAAACAAAUCCAAGCUGCAAUACUGGCUCCACACCAGUCAGAGAUUACAUAGAGCACUAAACACAUCAUUUGUAGAGGAAAAGCAGCAGCGUUUCAAGACCAAACGUUUCGAAAAGAGGUCCAAUAUGGGACCCCGUCAGCUCACCGUGUGGAAUACUUCCAAUCUGAGUCAUGACAACCGACGAAAAUACAUCUUUAGUGACGAGGAAGGACAAAACCAGCUGGGCAUCCGGACCCACCAGGACAUCCCUCUCCCUCCAAGGAGAAGAGAGCUCCCUGCCUUGCUGACCACCAAUGGGAAAGCAGACUCCCUAAAUGUAUCCCGGAACUCAGUGAUGCAGGAGCUCUCCGAGCUCGAGAAGCAGAUUCAGGUGAUCCGUCAGGAGCUACAGCUGGCUGUGAGCAGGAAAACGGAGCUGGAAGAGUAUCAAAGGACAAAUCGGACUUGUGAGUCCUAGGUGAUCACACUGCUCCCCUUUCUCAGUUCCUGGCAUUCCUCUGAGCCCUUGAGACACUUUGUAAUGCUCUUUUGUAACUACUGACACAGAUGUGGGCAAGCUGAGGGCUAGGUCUUCUUAGAGGUCAAGUCUGCUCUCCCUAGCCUAACAUGCGGCAGCAGCUCUCCCAAGCUCACUCCCUAGGUCUCCAGGAUAGGGGUCGUUUUCAUAGCAAGAAUCUUAAAUUAAUCAGGAGUAAGCUCUUUGUAAGGGAUCUGUGAAUAACCAGGCAAUCUCAGCUCCUUUCAAUCUUUUCACCAGGUGCCACAGUAAUAUUUCUGGUUUUUAGCCCUUUCUCUGCACUGUCAACAAGAGAUAAAAUUGUUACUCAUACCUAUGUCUUACUGGUUUAUUGGUUUUAAUCUUAAUAUAAAAACAGGAUUAUCCAGGGUUGUAGGUUUUGAUACAACUCUCCAGUCUAGAUUUGUUCCUACAUUCUGAAUGGGGAGCAGGGUAAGAGCAAAGUACCCCACUCUUGGAAGGGGUACUGAAGUCAUCAGUAUCACGGCAGGCCAAGGAUUGACCGGAUCAGGCAGGAGCCAUGUGUUUGAGGUUCUGGAUCUUUGACUCCGUCUUAACAUUUAGGAGGAACAUGCUUACAUGCCACUAGGAAAGGAGACAGGGAUAUGGUAAGUGAGGACAGAAGAUGGGCAGAAGAGGUAUUAAAAAUGCACAGCAUGCUUUUAGAACAAAAGCUAUGGGCCAAGAUGGCAAUCUGGCUAAGGAAUGAAUAAGACUAUACUUCUAAUCUAGCUAAGCAUCUCCACUAUAAUGUGUGCCUUUUAUAAAGGAAGAGAGAGAGAAAAAAGCAAAGAAGGUUGUGGCCUUAAGAUGGACCUGGAAUAUGCCUGCUUAUUGCCUAUAACACGAUACGUGGGCUGGCACUGCGGGUUAAGUGAAACGUUCUGCACACCAUAUACUAGGCCAUUAUCAGAUCCGCAGUCACCUAUCUCUUGGCAUAGAAAUCCCAAAAGUGAACCUGCAGCCUGUGAACAUCACAAGUUCAACCUUCAGGAAUCUGCCCUGUGCUUUGCAAAUACUCACCAAGUCAAUCUGCCAUCCUCACACUCACUCAUCUCUGAGGAGCUAUGAACAGGUUAGGUUCCAUCUAAUUAUCCUCCAGGCCCCAAAUAAUUCCCCCAAAGACUAAUAACCCAGCUGCCUCUCUGCCUAGGCAACCCUUUCCCAGAAUACAACUGCUUGGCCAUGUAGAAAGGGAAAGGAAUAUGGGAAUUCUAGAACUUCAGUUCCCAAAUGUUAGUGUACGUAAGAAUCAUCUAGGGCAGCGGUCCCCAACCUUUUUGGCACCAGGGACUGGUUUCAUGGAACACAGUUUUUCCACAGUCUGGGGACUAGGGCGAGAGCUCAGGCAGUGAUACGCAGCCGUUUCCUAACAGGCCACGGACUGGUACUGGGCUGCGGCCCGUGGGUUAGGGGUCACAGAUCCAGGAAACUCAUCAGAAUGCUGAUGGCCAGAACCCUACCCCAUGGAUUGUGGAGAGGGAGUCUGGCAGUAGGCUCAGAAACCUACUGCUAACCAGUAUCCCCAGGUGACUAACACAGGUGAUCCAAAAAUUGGCCUUCCAGAAACACUGUUCUAGAAGUUUGGGGGAAUUGUGAAGAGGGAGACUUUGAGAGUUUUUUUGUUGUUUUUUAGCUUCAGCACAAAUCUGAUUCUCCUUCCACAUCCCCACUCCUCCCACUCCCAGUACCAUUUAGGACAAGAUUUGUUUAUCAAUUACUUGCUUUGUCUACUUAGUACUCAAUUUGAAUACCUACAAUGAGUGCACUCCCAGUGCCAAGCACUGUGAUCUUUAACAGCUGCAGGUAAUUAAUUGGAAAGGUGUCUCAGUCACAAAAUUUCUCCCCUUACUUUUGGGUAAAACAUCUGCAUUUCCACCAAGAGCUACUUAGUCCCCCAGGGAAAGAUAACACCUUAAGCAGUAAUUAGAUAACACCUUAGCAAUUAGUUAAUUGGCUGAAAAAACCCUGGAGUGAAGGUAGGAUCAGAGAUACUGAUAAGGAACAUGUGGGAGGGCUCUAAAGUUAGACUUAACCCCACAGAUCAAACAGUUCAAUGAUGAGGUAAGAGGUGAGCCCUGAAAACAGAAAAGGACAAUUCUGCCUUGAAAUGCCCUAUACCCCUACAUUCUCGCUCCAGUCCCAGAAGUAGGUAUGCAGCUGCCUUUGGAAGAUUAUGCCCCUUAGCCAUCUCCACCCAUCUGCAACAGACAAGGAUGCUGUAGAUUCUGCCAUUGUAGUCUGCACACCCCUGAACCUCUGCACAGCCUAGAAGUCUGAUGUACAGGUGUACCUCAAUUCACAUUACAGCCAUGCUCCUAAUGUUGUACAUGGACAUUUUUAUAACUCAUAAUCCGACUGUAUUUGAGAAGCUGGCUAUUUAAGGGAACCCAGAGGUGAAUUCUUUUGUAAAGUAAAGAACCCUUUUGUAAUGCAAUUAAUUAUCCCUUAAUGUAUCUGUUUUGUAAGUUUGGGUUUUUGUAUAUCGGGUUUACCUUAAGCUUCUCUACUGAGGCAUUCUGAGCAGUGGUGAUCACAUGCCAGACCGAGCUGCCUAUCCACAGAGUAGAUGACCAGUGCAUGCUCCUCAAGUAUUUUCUGGGGAACUACCUGGCCAAAACAGCAGCCAGGAUGCAGCAAGAAGCAGCAGGGACUGAAGGCAGACUUACUGCCAUCAACAUUGCUUGAAAUGCCUCCACAUUCUGAAUAAAGAAAAAAAACAAUUGCUUGUGGUGAAAUGAAGCAAUCUUCAUGUUAAAUAGCAAUGGUUAUUUUUAUUGGUAGUAAUUGAACAGUGUUUUGCAAUUUGUGAAACAGUGUGUUGUGUUUUGUAAAAAGAUGUCAUGAGAUGGUGGGUCCUUGAAAACCUCCUUUCUGUUCUGCUCCACCUCUGUUCUUUCAACUCCCCUCAGGCUCAAAAAAAACACAAAAGAUCAGAAGCCUUCAGGUGGAGGGUGGUAUUUUGGUAAAGGAAAGAGAGAGCGAUGCUACCUUGCCUCCUCUCCUGGGCUCUCAUUUCAUGAGAUCAGAAGGCCCCCAUUCUCUUCCAAGCUCUGGUGCUGGGAAACUUGGAAUACAACAAACUCUGUCACACACCCUAACCCUGUUUUCCAAGGGGGAAUUCCUGGCACAAGCAGCACACAGUAAAGCAUGACUGAGUGAGUUGGAACAGAUAUAGCUACUUGGUUCAUGUAGAUAAGAAUAGUAUGAGUUGCAGUGAGUGUAUGCCUCAAGGUAAAGGAGAAAAAGGAUUCCCCCCAAAAUUGAAAACAAGUUGGAAGAAUGACCAGGACAGCCAAGUGAGGCAGUCACAGGGACGUAAGCAGUUGAGGUCUUUAAUGUGCCUGGAGAUAACUCUCCAUUAUCCAUGAAUCUUGCUAUUGCACAAAUCCUAUACAGGAGCCACUGCUUCCCUUCCAGACAGAGAAGUGGUAAGUGGAGCAAGUGCCAAGCAGAACAGACUGUAUCAUAUGGGUAAUAGACUUCUCAGUGUUAGUGCUGAGUCUAUUAGAGCCUUGGAGCAAGUGAAGCAUUUCCUUGGUGUAGCUAAAGAAUACAGGGGAAAUUAACUAUUUUAGAGCCUCUUUUCCUCCCAACUCAUAUUUUUGAUAGGCAAACCAGAAAAUCCAACCAGUCUUCAGAAAUUGCUUUCUAGUCAUUAAUACCACUUCACUAUCUACACUGUUUAGUUAUUCCUUUCUUUACCCACCUAAACCAUUCAUCUAAUCCAGGAUUCCAUCACUCUUUUUUUUAGGUUACUAAUCAUUUUAUGAAAAUAAUGUACUUAUAAGUAUUUUCUUAAGGUUUGUGAAGAGUAUUUGCAUUGUGUCUUCAUUUUAAUGUGUUUGCAAUCGCUCCGCUCCAGGAAGAACGGAAAUGCUGUCUUGUGAGCAUGAAGUGAACAGGCUGUUUUGCUCCAGCCACUUUUCUUGUACAACCACGUGGAUGGACUAGAUGUCCUCAGGUCUUUUCCAUCUUUAGUUUCUAUGACUGUGGAAUAAAUGUUCAGAUAGAAACUU